AUGGUUAAAAAGAAGCGCGGUCAUCCAGACCUCGAAGAACUCCUUGGCCGACCGUGGUGCUACUACUGCGAACGAGACUUUGAUGAUUUGAAAAUCCUCAUUUCGCACCAAAAAGCCAAGCAUUUCAAAUGCGAAAGAUGUGGCAGGCGGCUCAACACAGCAGGAGGUCUGUCGGUUCACAUGAGCCAAGUCCACAAAGAACAGCUAAGUGCCGUCGACAACGCACUGCCCAAUCGAUCAAGUCUAGAUAUUGAGAUUUUCGGCAUGGAAGGCGUCCCCGACGACGUCGUCCAAGCGCAUAACCAGCGCGUCAUCACACAAUUCCAGCAAGCAGAAACCGAGCGUCGCGCGGCAACGGGGAAUCCGCCACCAGGUCUCGCGAAAGACGGCGGUCAGGCGAAGAAGCCAAAGCUGGAGAUGUCGGAUUUGAAGAAACGGCUGGCGGAGCAUAAAGCCAAAAUGGCAGCUGAAAAGACGGCGGAUGGGAGUAGUGGUGAUGCUACACCUGUUGGAGCCGGGCAGAGUGCGCAGCCUCAAAGUGGUCUUGUGAGUGGGCAGCAACAAUAUACCCAGACCCAGCAGCCAGUUAGCAAUGGCCCGGCUGCUCAACAAUAUACUUCCUAUACACAGCCAUAUGGCUCUACGAAUCCUCCUUAUCAACAUGCCCCCAGCCCUGUCUACCAAACCUUUUCGCCAGGCGGACAACAGCAAUAUCCAGGCUCGCAAUUCGCCUCUCCACCUCAGUUCCAGACUGGACAGCCUGCGACAUCCUACACAGCUACAGCUGCACCCCUUCCUUUUGCGCAACAACAACAACAAUCACAACUCCCUGCAAGAACUCAUACUCCGCCAUCGAAUUUACCACCAUUCCCACCCCGUCAAGGUAGCUUACCAACAGCACCUGGCCUUCCCCAACGUCCAGCUUUUGGCGCUCCUCCAGUGAACCCGCAACAAAUGCAUCAGAUGCACCAGCUACCUGCCGCACCACCGCCAUCCGCUCACAACUACGGCCAAUCUACCCCAAUAGGCGAGCCCCCUGCAUCGGGAGUUCCGCUGUCGAGUUCCGUUGACGAUUUAAUCUCAGGAGCCGCCAGGGCGGCCGAUGGAGCCUCGGCAUCACAGACUCCAAAACCAGAGCCGGCAGCUGACGAGAAGAAGGGAAAGAAGGAAAAGGAAAAGGCAAAGACAAGGUUGGUCUACUCCGACAACGAAACUAGUCCAGAGGAAAAAAUGGCGGGUUUGCCGCGAUACGUCUACACUCCUGAUCCGCGCCAAGAGACAGUUCUGUCCGAUGCUACUAUUCCAGCGGUUGCGCGGCCCUCGACGAAUUCGGACGAUGUCAUCGAUGCAUCUGGUUAG